AUUGUCUUUGGUAUUGCAGCGGUGAAUAGUAAAUGUAGCCAAAGAUGAGAAGAAAAGUGGCAGGAAGACUUAGACUUAGUCCAAAUGAAGAAGCUCAGCUAUUGAAAGAAGAACAUGAAAGAAGAAGAAAAUUAAGGCUGCAACAGGUCAGGGAACAGGAGCGGAAUAUUGCUUUGCAGAUAAGGCAAGAUGUAAAGCAGCGAAGAGGUGAACACCUGAAUCAGUUGGCAGAAGAACUGGAGGCCGAAUGGCAGAAAACACAGGAUGAGAAGAUUAAAGCUCUGGAAAAUCUAUACCUGUCAAGUUUAAGAGCUAUAGGAGAAGGGCAUAGAGAAGCAAAGGAAAAUGAGCCUGAUCUGGAGGCACUGGCGAAGCAAGCAGAAGAAAGGAAAGAAAUAGCAAAAAAGAGGUAUAAGGAAGCAUUGAAAGAACAAAAAAACCAGAAGGAGAAAUUGCUGAGAGACCAAACAAGGCGAGCAAAUGCGCGAAAGCAUGCAUUUGAUGUAGAAAGAGAAAGAGCCGCCAGAAUUGCAAGCCUGCCUGCUCCUCCCCCCCACCCUUUUGAAAAUAUUGAAUUGAAGAAUAUACCUACGGUGAAAAUUAGUGAUGUUGAUAAUUUUUCAAUUAGUCGCCACCAUAUCUUUGACCCAUAUGUGGACAGAGAAAUGAACACAGAACAGCCAGAUGCUCGGUUACUUGCUGAAGAGGAAGUCAAACGAAAGGAAGAGCUACAAAAUGGCAAGGAAAGAGACAGGAGAGAACAGCUGGAAAAAGCCUAUUUGAGAGGAAAACAUGCUUUAAAGAUGGUUUGGCUGGCAAGAGACAAGGAAAAGUUAAUGAAAGAGCUUGAACAGAUGCAGAAUAUUGACCUUGCCCACAGAAGGCGGAUUGUAGCUCAGAUGCCACCGCAACUAUUUGAACCGACCUAUAGACGUGUGGAAAUCAAAGAAGAAUGGCAGAGGGAACUGGAGUGUGCCUUCGAAGACAUGUAUACUGGAAAUAUGAAAAUGAAAGGAGACCUUAUUUUGCACAUCGAUCCACAGCCUUUGCCAGCUUUCUCUGAUGGAUCUCCAGAUGAUGAGCUAGAACUUUCCCAGGAACCAGAACCUGUAUGUGAGUUACCUCCAAGAUUGGCAGAUGAGGUGAAGGACAAUGAGCCAAGUGGUAGUGAAGUGGAAAAAUCAUGCCAGCCUUCAGCAAAAUUAGCUCUAAAAAAAUUGCUAGUCAAGAUAAGGAGCCAAAAAGACAACUGGACAUCAAGAUGUGAGUCAGACACUCAAAGUGACAUUGGGACAAUUGAGUCAGGGACCAUUUCUAGCAGAGGGGAAAAAAUGGAUGAAUUAGAAUCUGUGCCUGAACCUGAACCCAGAUAUGAUCCUGCUGCUGAAUCUUCUGAAGAAAUACUGGACCAAACUAUUGUUGCUGGAAAUGCACUUAUAAAACAUGCACAAGAGCAAAGCACUAAAAUUAGAAAGGAAUCAGAAAGAUCCCCACAGACAGAGUGGCAACAGCAGCAGCAAACAGAAGAGCAGAAAAUACAACUAGAAGUUGAUUUCCUGAAGGCUAAAGUGCCACACCAGGAGCAGGAAGCUAAGACAGAGCAAGAAAAGAAAGAUCAAGAAUGUCAAACAGAAGAAAAAGUUUUUGGUUCUGUUGUGCAUCAGAAACAGGAAGCAGAAUACAAGACUGAUGUUGUCCCGGAGCCACAGGCAGCCCACUUUCCUAAAGAAGAUCACCAUCUAAAGAGGAUUCGUGACUGUCAGCAACGUCUGCUGAUGCAAAACAGAAUGCAUCAAGAAUCAGUUGAUGAAGCCAGAAGACACUUAGAAGAAUAUCAGAAUAAACUGAAUCAGAGAUUCCAGUCAAUUUCCACAGCACUGUUAAAUCCUGUGAACAGACUUGCAUACCUAAAUUCUCUUCCUGAACCAUUAUCACAAGCACAGGGGUUUGAUCAAUCACAGAGAAUUAAAUUAAUGGCUGACACGCCAUCCAGGAGUGCUUCUGUUCAAGAGCUGGGACCAUCCGGGCAGAAAGACAAAGAACAGAGGCUUGAGGUUGCCAGUGAUGAGCAAGCCCAGCCCAGUGUUGACUCAGAAAGGCAAAUGCAGAUAAAUCCAGAACAUUUUCAUUUGGCACAAGGAUCCUCUUCACAUCAAGAGAAAGAAAAACUGGAUGCAGUGGGGACACCUGUGCUGCUGUCAUUGCAAUUUCACAGGAUUCCUGGUCCUUUAUUGCCAAUACCUGAGGAUGCCUCUGCUACAACCCAGCCUGUUGCUCACAUUCAGAAUGCCCAAUCCACUUUCCCUGCAGGUGAUUCUCCAGGGUGUUCAGAAACCUCCUUGUCCAAAACUUCCAUGCCUGACAAACCUCUACCUGAAAAGAUUCUUCUGCCAACGUUCUUAAAGCACCAAGAUAUCCCUAAAGAGAGUGGGAUAAAUGUAGCUUCUAACCAGACCCACCAUCUUCCUUUGCACUCGAUUUCUUCCUUGCCGCUUGCUGUAAUGGGUAAGACUGAGAGUAUCCAGGAAUCCUCAGCACUGAAAAAUGGAAGUGAAUCUUUGUCCGGUUGUUCUGAUAUAGUUGAAUUAAGAGACAGACUGCUGGCUUCCUCUGAGAGCAUUGAAGUUCAGCAGGAGCACUUGAAAGAACUGCAGGAGCAACUAGAUGAGCAACGGGAAACCCUUCUGUCUCGCCAGAAGGUACAAGAAGACUUGCUCCUGCAGAAGCACGCCCAGCUGAAACAGCAGAUGGAGCAACAGCAAGAAGCUUUAAAAGAGAUUAUUAAACGGGCAACACAGUCGAGGUCAUGCAGGGAGAUGCCGGAGGCAAAGCCUGACAGCUUCAGUCUGCUGAGUGUGCUUCUUAAUGAAGCGAAAGACGACAACCCAAACCAGGUUUGCUUUGGUGAUACGAACAACCAUGUGGAAAACAACUUUUUGUUUCAAAAAGUUAAUUCAGUGGAACAAACAGGGCCAUUUCAGAGCAUGUGGACCAGAGAAGAGAAACAGAGACUUUCAAAACCACCUUUGGUCAAAGUAAAGCCAGGACUGGAGCUGGAGCAGCAUGAACUUAGUGCUAUACAAGAACUUGACACACCAAAGAGUGACAGAUUUUCCAGUACAGGAUACAAACAGCGUCUUACUGGAGAUAUAUUCCUCACUCCCAAAAUUGAUAAGCUACAGUCCAGUAAAAGCCCAACUGAGUCUUUACAGGAAGAAAUAAAUCUACUAAGAACUAUUUCUAUAGCUGAUGAUAAAGAACUACACUCUGGUGACAGCCUGAAGCACAUGCGUGGAUCGUGCUGCGAUGAGUUGAUGGGGAAAGCUAGUGGUUUGUAUGACCCAGUCCACUCCAAAGAACGUACUUCUAUAGAUCAAAAUUUAUCGAAUUAUUCGGCUGAUAAUGGAAGAAUAGUUACGUGUCCUGAUCCGUCAUUAAGGCCAAAUAGCCAAGUAACACUUUCAAAUGCGUGGUCCCCUGGCUUGUUAAAGGAAACAACUUGUACACACCAGGUAGCUAAUGGCUAUUUUGCUUCAACAACUCUCUCUGCUGCCAACUUUGUAAAAAAUUGCAACCCAGACAGUAAUCUUGCUGGUACAGAGUCAUGUUCAGCCAGGCAACGGUCCAGCUUUUUCAGCUUUCCAGCAAAGGAAAACCUAACUUCUGCUUCAUUUCUACAAAAACCUAACGAGUCUUCAAAUCCUCCCAAGUCUUGCCUCUCUUUUGAAGAAGUAGAUCCCAGUGGAAGCAAAAUCCAGCAAAUAAUAGACAAAUAUAGAAGAGAUUUCAGCUGGUCAUCUUUGAGUAACGUAUAUUCUACCCAUGAUCCAACCGUUGGACUUGAUACUACCGAAAUUGAGAGGAAUUUUCCAAAUUUCCACCGUGAACUUUUUCAGCCUUUGAAACCGAGUUCUGACUUUGAUAUCUGCUCAACGCUUUCUCAGUGUAGAAUAUCUCACAACAGCAAAGACGUCAGCGAGGUUUCAGAUUUAUCUAAGAGUCAAGAUCUAACAGCUUCUGCCUUAGAGGAGGGAAGCAACAGCACUUUAUUUCUCAGCAGAGGAAAACUAAGCAGUUCUCUUCUAAAGGAACAGAGUGAUGAGAGGAUAAACCAGCCAAUGCAAGAUUUUCAACCAGUUGAUGAAGAAUUGUCUGAACACCUGUCUCUGGAAACUCCCUUGCACAAGAGUUUUGGUGAACCUGGAGACUUUAGUUUCAAGCCUGAACAAAACCUUGAACUAAGCAGAUCUAUUGAGGACAGUGUAAUUAUUUCACCUGAGACUCAACCAUGCGAGGAGCUGCAAGAUGACAAUGAGUCUCGUUAUUUCUGUUCUUCCAUUGAAAAUUUUCGCAGUCUUAGUCCAGUUGAAGAUCAAACCUCCAUUUACCAGAUGAUUCCAAGUUUUGGCACCAGGAAGAAUACUCAUGGGACGACAGAAUCAGCAAAAGAGGACACUAGCUCAAGAGAAAGUCUCUGCUCUGUUGAACUAGCCACAACAUCCAACAAGAACAAUGAAAUGGUGACCAGGAACAGAUUGAUAAAUGAGGAUGUAGCAGCUGACCUCGCACAGUGUACAUUAAAUUCCACGCAAGAACAGAGUUUUCUAAGAUCAAGGGUAAUGCUGAGUUGGCCGCAAGAAAUUAACUCCGGCAUCUUUGGCAGCCCCUUGCAGAAAUCUUCACAAGAAAGUAUCAGUCAGCCUGCAGUGUUUCUACAACCAAAUAUGGAUGUUAUCCAGGCUAAAAGCUCAGACGCCCGUUUGUCACAGUGCAACAUACCCGUUUGGGAGACCCUAACAGGAAGAGGCAUUAUGGAAGAACCUGAACUGACACUAGCAAGCUCUAAUGACAUCAGCACGGCAGAAUCAGAGCUUGUACACAGUGGUCAUUCUGAAGUUAGAAACUGUCCCCAGAGCAGAGGAUUUUUCCCGUUAAAUCCGGAAGUCGAUGAAUUUCCCACUCUGCCAGACUAUCCACCAGUAACUCCAAGCCCCAAAAAUGAUUCGGAUCAAAAAUCCAAGCCAGGAGGAAGUAUGUGUGCAGUAUAUCAUAAAUGUAUGGUAGUAUUGUCAGAGCUUGCCCCUGUCCAUGGCAGCCUGCAGGAAUCAUUUUUGAAGCGGAAGAAAGAUUUCAUUGAGAGAUCUUUGCAAAGGAUGGAGAAACUAAAAAAUCAAGAGCAAAGUUCUGAAAAGACUCAGGCUAAGGCACCUCAGCCCCAAAAAACACAACCCCAUAAACAAAGAGAGAAGUGGACACCUCCUGGCGCAGCUGUUAAUCGUUUGAAGAAAGUGGAAGGAAAGGGGUGCUCUCCUGCCAGCAGGAAAGCGGCAGCAGUACAGAUGCAGCAGCGGACUUCAAGGUUGUAUAAUAAUCUAGCAGAAGUGAAAAACAGAAAGGAAGAGAAAGACAGAAGAGAAAAUUAUGCCAGGAACAGGGAAAGAGCAAAAGAAUUUCAAAAGAAAACACUGGAAAGCCUACGAGCCAGAAAAACCAAUCUGAAAACGUAGUGUUUUGCAGGCAUCCCACAGAUGGAAGAUAAUUUAUCAGCAUUUUAAAAACAUCUUGCAUUUGAGGUCUCCUUGAUAAAUAUAUGAAAUUAUGUAGCAACAUUUGAGAUAAUCGCAAAACAACCAGUGUUGUAUAAACCAUUUGUCACCUGUUCUCUCCAAUUAGGGCUUUUAAGUCAAGAUUUUUAUUUUCAAAUGUCACUUGUGUUUGCUUUUUUGUACAAUAAUUUUAACUAUUUAUAUUGCAAUAAAUUUUUCAUUUGCAAG